UCAGGCGGGCUGUGCUUCAUCGAGGAUGGAGCACGAGGGACAAAUCUGUAUGUAAGCAACGUAGCUGUGGAGACGGAGAGAGCACAUCCACGCAACAUUUGACAGCGGAUCAUGAUAAACGCUUUUCUGGAAACGGAUUUCGUGGGAAACUGAAUUUCGCUGGGAAGGCAGAGGAAAGCAAAAUCAUGUGAAACAUUCGAAUUGCUUCUGGAUAGUCCUGACUUUUGUGACAGAAUGGAAUUACGCUGGACUUUCGAGUUGAUCACUUUCUUCAUCUGCAGUCAAAGGGACUGAAACAUUGUCUUCUGCUCAGCCUGCUGUCGCAAACAUCUCCUGUGCAGUUGGUAGCAUAGCAGGAGAGGGAAUGGCCAAAAUCUGCACAGAGCAAUCGUACUCCACCCGCAGGUCUGCUUUUACUCCAGAGCCGGACCCCGAGUGGGUUGAUAGAGAAGACAGGUGUUAUUCAUCACAUGGAGCUUUGGGCAGGAUAUCUCGGUUUGUGCUCAGACAUGGAGGUGUAUCACAAAGGAAAAAAACUGCAAAAAGCAGUUCAAUAACGGAGGGCUCUGAAGAUGUUCCGGAACAGGGUGGGGAAAGCUGGGACAACAGGGAAGGUGAAGAUAAACUGCGAAAGAGAAACCACAACAGGAAUAGUGGUCACUGGCCUCUUGCUACACUAAAUAUGAAUAACUGCAACAACACAGAUGACAAACCAAAGGAUAACAAGGAGAUAAAGAAAGAUGACAAGAAAGAGGACGUAAAAAAGGACGAAAAGAAAGAUGAGAAGGUGGAGAAAAAAGAUGACAAAAAGGACGAGAAAAAGGAUGAUAAAAAUGAUGCAAAAAAGGAUGACAAAAAAGACGACAAAAAAGAUGACAAAAAGAAGGAAGACCCACCAAAAGAAUAUUGGAUAAUGGACCCUGCUACAGAUAUGUACUACCACUGGCUUACUAUUGUAGCAAUACCUACCUUCUACAAUUUGAUGAUGCUCAUCACCAGAGCAUGCUUCAAUGAGCUGCAGGAUAAUUACACCAUGCUGUGGAUUGCCCUGGAUUAUACAUCAGAUGUUAUCUACUACAUUGACACCUUUGUCAGAUCCAGAACAGGUUUUCUGGAGCAAGGCUUGCUGGUGAAAGAUCAUAAGAAGCUAUUGGAACACUACAAAAAAACACCACAAUUCAGAUAUGACCUGAUCGCAAUGAUACCAACAGAUGUAUUUAUGUUUUAUGUGGGCAUAAACAAUCCUGAAUUGAGAUUUAAUCGUCUUUUCAAACUGUCUCGACUCUUUGAGUUCUUUGACCGAACUGAGACGAGGACGAACUUUCCCAAUAUCUUCCGCAUUGGCAACCUUGUACUCUACAUCUUAAUUAUCAUUCACUGGAAUGCCUGCAUCUUUUUUGCUAUCUCCAAAACACUUGGCUUUGGGACAGACACUUGGGUCUACCCCAACAUCAGUGAUCCUGAAUAUGGCCGCCUGGCAAGGAAGUAUAUUUACUGCUUAUACUGGUCCACGCUCACUCUAACAACCAUCGGAGAGACUCCACCUCCUGUUAGAGACAUUGAGUACUUGUUUGUUGUUACUGACUUUCUUAUUGGUGUGCUUAUAUUUGCCACUAUUGUUGGUAAUGUUGGUGCCAUGAUCUCCAACAUGAAUGCUUCACGUGCUGAAUUCCAGGCCAAGAUUGAUUCCAUUAAGCAGUACAUGCAGUUCCGUAAGGUCACUAAAGAUCUAGAGGCUCGUGUUGUGAAGUGGUUUGACUACCUUUGGACUGAAGAGAAGACUUGUGAUGAGAAAGAAGUGCUUAAGUACCUUCCAGACAAGCUAAAGGCAGAGAUUGCCAUCAAUGUCCAUUUGGAAACUCUGAGAAAGGUUCGCAUAUUUCAGGACUGUGAGGCAGGCCUGCUCAUUGAGCUGGUGCUCAAGCUUCAACCUCAGGUCUUUAGCCCUGGAGACUACAUCUGCAAGAAGGGUGACAUUGGCCGUGAAAUGUAUAUCAUCAAAGAAGGUAAGCUAGCUGUGGUAGCAGAUGAUGGUGUCACACAGUUUGUGGUACUCAGUGAUGGUGCCUACUUCGGCGAGAUCAGUAUCUUGGGCAUCAAAGGUAGUAAGGCUGGAAACCGUAGAACUGCCAACAUUCGUAGUGUGGGCUAUUCAGACCUCUUUGCCCUCUCUAAAGAUGAUCUCAUGGAGGCCCUGACUGAAUAUCCAGAUGCCAAGCAGGCUCUGGAGGAGAAAGGCAGGGCCAUUCUGAUGAAGGAUGGCUUGAUUGAUGAGACAGCAGCCAAAGCAGCAGAUGCUAAAGACCUAGAGGACAAGGUGGCUAUGCUUGAGACAAAUCUUGAGGUGAUGCAGGCCAAGCUUACACGCAUAACAGCAGACUGGGCAGCCAGCCAGGGCAGGAUCAAGCAGAGGAUCAGCAACAUGGAAGCCAGAGUGAAAACACUCAGGGAGGAUGACCUGUCUGAGGUAGUAGAGGAGAAGAAAGACUAAUAGUUCUAUGAAGUUCUGUUACUAUUCUUACUUUACAGUAGAUCUCAAGGUUGGAACUUGCAUGAAAAUACAGAAAUACAAUUACCAAAAAUCUUAAAUGGAUAGUAACUGCCGAGCACCCAUUAUACAACUUUAAAGAACUCUAUUUUAUUUUAAAAAAAAUGGAGAUCUAUGGAGUGCUUGGCUGGAUAUUAGUUAUUGGGUUGACUAUCAUUUAUGCUCUGAAGAACUGCAUUUUAUAAAAGUGAAAAUGUCUCAGAAUGUGUUGCAUUAUACUGCAUUUACAAAGUGUAAUAUUAUACUAGGAAUACAAAUUUCCUGAGCUUGGUGGAUGCAAUCAAAGCUGGCUCCUUCAGUUGUUCUUAAUUUAUGACAAUUUUAUGAGAAUUUCAUGACACCUUAUGUAAACAUACACAUGCAUAAGACAAUUUUGGGGAUUUAAGUCUCUAAUAUUUGCCAUGUCAAACAUAUGCCUUUUUUAAGCAAGAAAAGAAAAGAAAAGAAAAAAUGCACAGCAUCAGAGACUUCUCACAUCUAAACUCAGGGCAAAUUGUUUAAUAUGUGAGCAAUCAUAUUUUUAGACAGAGACUGUGUUUACUUUUAGCAGGGAUCCAACUUCAGAUUGUCUUGUUUGAAUAAAUACUAAAUAAAAAUGUAUCUGCAUUUGUCAUUUGUUUUAGCAACAGGUAUAGUUCAAAGGAGAAAUAUCAAGCUAUGCAAUCUGAGAGUUAAUAGUGCACAAGUACUUUUAGUUUUAAAAUAAGUCCCUUUACAUUUAAUAAAUCUUAUGACAUUUUAAUCAACUUGGAAAUAAGUAAUUAUACUGUCAGACAUAAGCAGUUCAUUUUACCAUGUGCACACAAGUGACAUGCAUGUAGUAGUAGAGGUGAUAAAGAAACCUUCAAAUAUUGUGAGAAUUCUUCAAAACACACAACUAUAAAACAAACUUUGGGAAAAGUAUCUGUGUUGAUUAACAGCAUGCCGCAGAACAUUCUGACUAAGUUUCUGUCAGCUUUAUAUUUUCAUUCGUUUUUACUACAUUUUGAAGAAACAUUACAGGUUCACUUAUCAGUAAACCAAAUGGAACCAGGAACCAAGAGAACAUUAAUUGAAUGAAUUACAGUUUUUAUAAUUAACUCUCCAGUUUUUCUCUCCACACUUUAAAAGCCUUUGACAAUGGAUUGAAAAUCCUUUUGGUAUGAAAACAAAAUAUCUAAAGUUAAUUUAUAUGAUUUUUGGGACUUCUGCGAAAAGUUCAUUUAUGGGGCCAAAAUUAAAAAUGUAACCAUUGUUUCAUUUGUUAUAAGCACACCUACUCACCUAAUACAGCAAGUGAGAUUUUCUAGUUUAAAGACUAGGAAAACCACUGUGGGUUAUAGAGGGAUCUUUGUUCACAAUCAAAAGAAAUGACGAAUCACUCAUUGGGCCUGAUUAAACUUGCUCUUAAUAAACCAGACUGACUAAUUCUCUGUAGAACUCUAAAUUUCUCUAGAAGAAUUUCACACCAAACCAUUCAAAAUGACUUUAUUUACAUAUGCUAACCAUACACUAGAAGACUGAAAAGACUGAAAUCUGACACCCUCUAACAUCUAAAGACAAUGUCGAGAGUGUUUAGUCACAGUCCUCUGCACAUU